UGUUGCAAAAUGUUCAUUUGCAAAUAAAAAUCAUAUUUUUCCCUUAGACCUUUAUUUUGAAGUGACGGUCCGGACGUGUUCGUGCUGACGUUUCGGCGUCUUGACGUGUCCAGGUGAGCUCACCGUCAUGGGGCAGGUUUACUCGGAGCCGUCCUGUCAGGCGGCAUACGACUCAGACGUCCAUCAGCUGUAUCACCUGCUGACAGUCGACCCGUCUCAACUGAAUGUCCAGGACCAGGACAGUGGAGACACGCCCCUCAUCGCCGCCUGUCGCCACGGCAACCUGGCUACCAUCAAAUACCUGCUGGACAACAAGGCUGAUGUCCACCUGACCAAUAAGAAACAGAGGACCUGUCUCCACUAUGCGUCCAGGAGGACUUUGUCUCUGCUCGACUACCUGAUGAUCGCCAUCCUGAUGCCUGUCCUGCUGCUCGGCUACUUCAUCAUGCUGCAGCGGCAGCGACGGAACGCCGCCGUGAUGGAGGAGCUGCUGGAGAGCAGAGCGGACGUCAACGCCGUGGACUACAAAGGAAACUCGGCUCUGCACUACGUCUGUCAGAGGAAGAGUCUCCGUCUGGUUCCUCUGCUGCUGCAACGGAAUGCCGACACUAACAUCAGGAACAACGACGGAGAAACUCCUCUGGACAUCGCCGUCCGACUGAAGUUCAAGAAGAUCGAACACAUGUUGAAGAAGAGCCACUGACAGAGAGCUCAAGUUCUCCUGGAAUAUUUAGAUUCUGUUUUUUGGGCAACAGAAAAAGAGACAAAAACAGUACCAGGAGACUUUAUGCUAAGCUAUGUUAUUAGCUUUUCACUGCUUCCAGUCUCCAUGCUAAGCUAGGCUAAUGGUACCACCUUCUUCCAGACUUUGAGCUAAGCUAUGCUAAUAGUUUCCCUCUUCUUUCAGACAUUGUGCUAAGCUAGGCUAAUGGUUUCCCACUGCCUCCAGUCUUUCUGCUUAGCUAGGCUAACAGUUUCCCACUGCCUCCAGUCUUUGUGCCAAGCUAGGCUAACGGUGCCUUCUCCUUCCAGACUUUGAGCUAAGCUAUUCUAAUAGUUUUCCUCUUUUUUCAGACAUUUUGCCAGGCUAGGCUACCAUUUUCCCUCUGUGUACACUUGUUGUGCUAAGCUAGGUUAACGGUACCUUCUUCCAGACUUUGAGCUAAGCUAUUCUAAUAGUUUUCCUCUUUUUUCAGACAUUUUGCCAGGCUAGGCUACCAUUUUCCCUCUGUGUACACUUGUUGUGCUAAGCUAGGUUAACGGUACCUUCUUCCAGACUUUGAGCUAAGCUAUGCUAACAGUCUCUCUCUGCUUUCAGACAUUGUGCUAUGGAAACAGUUUCCCUCAGCUUCCAGUUUUUUGUGUGCCAAGCUAGGCUAACAGUACCACCUUCUUCCAGACUUUCAGCUAAGCUAUGCUGACAGUUUUCCUCUUCUUUCAGACACUGUGCUAAGCUAGGCUAACAGUUUCCCACUGCCUCCAGUCUUUGUGCUAAGCUAGGCUAAUGGUUCCUUCUUCCAGACUUUGAGCUAAGAUAUGCUAACAGUCUCUCUCUGCUUUCAGACAUUGUGCUAAGCUAAGCUAACAUUUUCCCUGUGUGUACACUUGUGCUUAGCUAGGCUAAGAGUUUCCCUUUGCUUUCAGACUUUGUGCUAAGCUAGGCUAACAUUUUCCAUCUGUGUACAUUUGUUGUGCCAAGCUAAGCUAACAUUUUCCCUCAGUUUCCAGUCUUGGUGUGCUAAGCUAGGCUAACAGUACCUCCUUCUUCCAGACUUUGAGCUAAGCUAGGCUACCCGUUUCCCUCAGCUCCCAGUCUUGGUGUGCUAGCUGUUGUAGCAUCCAUAACAUCCUCUAGCUAUGAAUAUUGUCUGAUAAUGCUAGCUGUUUAGCUGCACUUCUUAGUGAUUUUUGAAUGCUAAGCUAAGCUAACCAGCUGACUCCAUUCUGUUACAGAGAACAAAAUGCGUUUAAAAUAAACAAACAUUUAUUUGUAAUAAAAAAAUGUGUAGAUAUUGAACUGAAUCUGAUUAUCGUACUUUUCAAAUUAAAUUUUGUAUUUCAGGAUCAAAUUGUGUUAAUAAAAUUUAACUCGUU